AUGCCUCAAAGAUUCCCACGAAAUCCGUUUGCCAGCUCCCCAGACACAGCGGUUGUUAUACCGCCAUCCGACAAGCCUACGAGUCGGAGGCCCUCGACAUCGAAGGCCAACAGAUUGACUCAAUUCUUCUCUUCCUCGCCGAAGAGCAAGGAACAGCAAUCUGCGCACCAGGCUCUCCUCUCUGCGGUGGCGGCGCAACAGCAGCAUCUCCUGAAUAACCCAUCCCCACACAUCAGCGCUCCGUCUCUGUCAUUACCGACCAUCUCUCUCUCCACAGCGAAGGCAGGCGAGGCUAAUAUGGACGAGCCCCCAACUACACUCUUCCAGCCACCUUCAAUUGCAGAGGCAAAGCGACAAGCACGAGUGGAUGCACAGUUCGGGCCCCUAGGAAGCCAAAACCAUCGAUAUGUGAGCAAGCACAUGGGAGCGGAGCUCGAGGAGCCCAUUAUCGACGAACCACCCUACUACUACCUCUUGACUACCUACAUCAGCUACCUCGUUCUCAUAAUUUUCGGCCACGUUAGAGAUUUUUUCGGCAAGCGAUUCAGACCAGAUCAUUACAGACACUUAAAAUCCGCCAAUGGCUACGCUGCCCUGAAUAGCGACUUCGACAAUUUCUACGUGCGAAGACUGAAAUUGCGAAUUGAUGAUUGCUUUGCGCGACCAAUCACGGGAGUUCCAGGCCGAUACAUCACAUUGAUGGACCGCAAAACAGACGAUUUUAAUGAGCAUUUCCAAUUCACCGGCACAUACACGGAAACCCUUAAUAUGAGUUCGUACAACUAUCUCGGAUUCGCUCAAUCAGAAGGACCUUGCGCAGAUGCUGUGGAAGAGACCAUCAAGAAAUAUGGCAUUAGCGCUGCAAGCCCCCGUGCAGACGCAGGUACAUCGGACUUGGCCCUGGAAGUGGAAGACAGAAUUGCCAAAUUCGUCGGCAAACCAUCAGCUAUGGUUUUCUCAAUGGGAUUCGCAACAAAUGCGACUUCGUUCCCAGCCUUGGUUGGCAAGGGAUGUCUCAUUAUCUCUGAUGAGCUGAACCACGCCUCUAUCCGCAUUGGAGCCCGUCUUUCCGGAGCCAUGAUCAGCUCCUUCAAGCACAACGAUAUGGGAGAUCUCGAGAAGAAACUGCGAGAAUCAAUUUCCCAAGGCCAGCCCAGAACGCACCGUCCAUGGAAGAAGAUUCUGGUCGUUGUCGAGGGUCUCUAUUCCAUGGAAGGAACUAUGUGCAACCUUCCCGGUCUUCUCAAAUUGAAGAAAAGAUACAAGUUCCAUCUUUUCGUUGAUGAAGCUCACUCCAUUGGUGCUCUUGGUCCUCGCGGCCGUGGCGUUUGCGACUAUUUCGGCAUUGACCCAGCUGAGGUUGAUAUUCUGAUGGGCACUCUGACAAAGUCAUUCGGCGCAAACGGAGGUUAUGUUGCCGCAGAGAAGCACAUCAUCGACAAGCUCCGCGCCACCAAUGCAGGAACCAUCUACGGCGAAUCACCUACCCCUCCGGUUCUCAUGCAAAUUCUCAGCGCUCUCAAGAUUAUUGCCGGCGAGCUCAACCCUGGACAAGGUGAAGAACGUCUCCAACGUAUUGCCUUCAAUUCCCGCUACUUGCGUCUUGGAUUGAAGCGUCUUGGAUACAUUGUCUAUGGCCAUGACGACUCUCCCAUCAUUCCUAUUGUUCUCUACAACCCUGCCAAGAUGCCCGCGUUCUCCCACGAAAUGCUCCGCCGAAAGAUCUCCGUCGUUAUCGUCGGAUACCCAGCCACUCCGCUCAUUUCCUCCCGGGCCCGCUUCUGCGUCUCCGCUGCUCACAAUAAGGAUGACAUGGACCGCCUCCUCGCGGCUUGUGACGAAAUAGGCAACGUCCUCCAGCUCAAAUUCUCCACCGGUAUCGCCGGCGGCGCGGAGCAUCUCCCAGAUGGCGUGACUCCUGAGAUGGAGAAGGAGUGGCAGAAGGCGAAUGGCUUGCAGGGUGUCGUCAAGCCACCUCGAUGGUCAUUACGAGAGAUCAUCGCGAACGGUGUCCAGGAUGUCAAGCAGCCACUUCGGUGA